AUGGAUACUAAAAAGAAGAUUCGAAGGAGUCGGAAUGGUUGUCAUAACUGUAAGAGGUUAAAGAUUAAAUGUGAUGAAAAUAAGCCUAGUUGCUCAUAUUGUUUAAAGACCAAGACCGAUUGUGAUUAUUCUAUAAAAUUAACUUGGGGUGGUAGACCAUAUAAGGAUGCGUCUAAACGAAAGAAAGAUCCUUAUUCAACGCCUAUAACAUUUAAUAAUGAGUCAACCAAUAUGCCUGAUAUUUCUGAUGGAAUUGAAAGUUUAUCCAAUGCUUUAGAAAAGAUCACUAAUGGUGGACAACAUUUCCAUCUUCAAAAUUCAGGAAUAUUUAAUAACUUUGUAUUAUCAAAUAUCGAUGUAGAAAAUCGAGAAAAUAUUCCAUCUCCCAUGAAAAAGAGUACUACACCAAUGCAGACCUUAGUUGAUCCUAAUAAUAAUGAAUUAGAUGAAGAUAUUUUAAGUAAUUAUUCUGAAGAUAUAAGAAGAAUUGAAGCUUAUUUACCUCGUCAACUGCCCAACUUUUUGGGAGAUCAACGUAUAAUAACUCCUGAAGAACUUUUUUCAACCAUACCUCCACUGAUUACUCCAUUACCAGAAAUCUUAUUACAAGUUCCAUUUUAUAGGAAUUUAAUGCAUUUUUGGGUUAAUGUAGCGGCAGAUCAUUUAGUUCCUGCUCCUGCUCAUGUAUAUACAGAUAAUCCAUUUAAAAUUCUUUUACCACAAAUGGCUAUGGAAUAUCCAUCAAUUUUAACUACCUUAUUAGCCUUUUCAGCUAAAUUAAGAUCAAAUUUGAUUAGUUCAAAUGAUACCCCUGCCAUUGUAACUGAUCAAUUAUUAGCACGAUCAUGUAAUGAACUUUUAAGAUUAUUAAAGGAUAAACAUAGUGCUACAGCUGAUUCAACAUUAGCAACUGUAUUACUUCUUUCAUGUUAUGAAGUAUUUCAUUCUAAAGAUUUUGAUAGACAUAGAGCACAUACGAUUGGGGCCAGACAAAUCAUUAUGGCAAGAAGAAGAAGUUUAGAAAAGAAUUCUAAUGAUGAUUCAUCUCAUUCUUCAAAUACAGGAACAGAAAGUGAUAUAACAUUCUUUUUAAUGAGAUGGUUUGUUUAUGUUGAUGUUAUAGGAGCGUUAUCUGCCACGCGGAAUUCUCAUAAUUAUUUAUCAAUUAAAGAUGAUAUUAAUGCUUAUGCUCCUGCCGAAUCAGUGGCUACUAUUAAUGAAAUAGAAAGAUUAGAACAAAGUGUAGUUAAUCCUAAACGAGAUAUUGAUCAUUUACUUGGAUUUGAUGUUAAAUUUUUACCACAUUUUACUGAAAUAGCCCUUUUAAUAAGAAAGACUAAUAAUUUUCUUGAAUUAAAUGGAGGAGAUAGUUCUACAUUACCAGUAGAAAUUAUUACUAAAGCACUUGAAUGUAAAGAAAAAUUAAUGAAAGCAUAUGAAGAAGGAGAACGAAGAAGACAAAAGAAGCUCGAUAAGAUUAUGGAUUAUAAGAUUCAAAAGAAGAAGAAACAAACCAAUAGUAAUUCACCACCAAAUUUAACUAAUUUAAUAGAACAGGAUAAUAUUUUACGAUGUACUAAUAAGAGUUUUUGUGAUAUGGGAAUACUUAAUUUAUAUAGACGAGUAUUAAAGAUUCCUCGAGAUUCUCCAUUAGUUCAACAACUUGCUAAUGGGAUUGGUAAUACCGCUAAAGAUAAUUUUGCUUCUAAAUCACCAGCUGAUGUAUGUACAAUAUUUUGUUCAUUUUCAGCUGGCUGCGAAACUCUUGAUGAAGAUAUGAGACAAUUCUUUCAUGAUAGAUUUACUAAAUUGAUAGAGAUGGGCAAUGUCAAUGCCCUUAAGGGACUACAAAUUAUGACUCGAUGUUGGCAAACCGGUGAAGAUUGGAUAGUUGCCUCUAAAAUAUUAGAUAUAGACAUAGCGUUAUUAUAAUAUACAAGAAGUUGGUACUCACUUAGUACUCAGUACUCAGUACUCAGUAACUCACUCAGUAACUUUCUCAGUAUUCAGCU